AUGUCGUCGUCAUCAUCACGAACGAAACAUCAACACCACAACAACACCUCGCAUAGCCUUUCUUCGUAUUUCAAUGACGACUCUACAGAAGUCAAUCAUGAUGGAGAAAAUAUCUUGUUCGGAGAUGAUGGAAGUAUACUCAUAGAGCGUCCUCAACAACAGUCGAAUCAAGAAUCAGAGUAUGAAAUGGAUUCACCUCCAGAGGAGGAUGAAUAUCAUCAUGCACACGCUCAACAUUCUCAUCGCUAUUCCAAUAGUAUCAAUAGAAAUACCUCAUCCUUAUCGAGCAGUAAGAGAGGAACCAUGAUCACAAACAACGCAAAGUCUACAAACAACAAUCAAGAAACUUGUUCAACAUCGUCUAAUUCAGCUAGGAACGGAGAAGGUAUUAUGAAACAUUUCUACAAUCCAUCGGAAGAUAGUGAAGACGAGUUGAACAACAACAAGGUGGUCACCAAAAAACCAACUCCAAAAAUUGCCACCCCUCAUGCCUUUGAAAAUGUGCCUCACCCGCAACAACCUCAACCAAGCUCUAAAACUCCAUCUUCUUCUUCUAGUUCUCAAAAAAAGCAACGAAAGACGCCAUCCUCUGCAAAAACACCACAAGAACCACAGCCAACUACCUUUCCAAUGUAUCAUAAUCCAUUCCAAUUUAUUCCAUUCUAUCCUCCAUUCUUUUCUCCAUAUGGUAUGAGCCAAACAGAUGCAGAAUCCAUGAAAGAAGCGAUGAAGAACAAUCCUUAUCGAACUGGGUUUCCAUUCAUGCAUCCAAAUGGCGUGAUUCAGGGAAAUGGUGAUGCAGACGUUGGUCAAUCCAACGAAACUUUUGUCACUGAGGCUUCCUCAAUAUUUUUUGACAAAGAUUACAAGUUUCAAGAGCAGCUCAUGUCAGAAACUAGAGAGUUGAAACAAAUCAUUCAAUCACAAGGAGAAACAAUUUCGCUAAUUCUGAAACAAAUGGAGGCAAUGAAUCAAAAACUGGAGGCCUUUCAAAUGUGUAUCCCUUCGAAUACUCAAAGCGAAGUGGUCGCUCAUAGCGGAAAGAAGAGCCCAACCACGACGGAAAUGACUCAGCAUGCCACAAACUCCAACCAACAUCAAAUGUCUACAUUGAGUUCUAACACAAAUCCUCUCGAUAGAUCCUCAAUCAAUUCAAAUAUUUCGAGUAUCAGUGGUACUAGUAGUAAUAAUGUGCGUCCAAGUGUGGCUGUCACAUCGUCAUCCACCUGGAAGAGUAUGACUUCACCAAAAAAUCAGCCUUACUCUCCUCCUUCCAUGAAAUAUUCCUCGUCUAAUUCUUCUAAUGGUAAUCUAAAUAAUAGCUCCAAUUUCCAGAGCAAUAGCAUGAUGGUGAAUGGAAGUACUGUCACCGCAAGUAAUAUCAGCCAUCAUGAUCCACAUUCAGAUAAUAAUUAUCAGAAUCAUGUCACCAAUGAGAGAUAUUCUCCUAUGCCAACACCUUCAAAGAAUUCAUUGUCCUCAAAAGAUUUUCAAUUAGACAAAUCAACUACUUCCAUCCGAUCCACAACAGCAAGCAACAUGGGAGCUCUCAACACCAGUACGACUAGUAGUGUCAAUUUCCAACACAACGCUUCAUCCAUUAGUAAUGUCAGUGGAGGUGCAUUGAAUAGCAGCAGUUCGAGUCAUGGACGAUAUGUGAAUCCUCACACGGCCACCAACUCACCAAUAAUUCCAGUCUCUUCGAAUAAGGCAAAAACUCUCUCCACUUCCAUGCUUACAAAAGUGAAUGUAUCGACAACUGGUAGUGCCCAAAAUUCAGGAAUGUCACAAUCUACCAAUGCCGUCCCUUCAAUCAAUGUGAUACAACCAAAGGCGUCUCCUCAAGUUGUGAGCAAGUCCUCUCAUCUCAUGUCGACAAAUGAAGCAAUGGGAAUGGCUACUACCACUAACUCUUCUCAUAAUAUUUAUUCUCGAGGAAGAUCAUCACCAGUGGCAACAUCAAAUUCUUCAAAGGACCACAUGAACCAUCUCAUGACCAGUCCUUCCAAAUCUUCCACAUUUUCAUCAUCUUCAAGAACAACUAGUAGCACGAAUAGAGACCAUUAUCAUCAUGGGCAUCAUCAUGACAACACCGAUUCAUUCCUUCAAGGACAUACUUCACAUUUAAACGAUUCGUUUGGUCUCAUGGGUGAUAUUAAUGCUGAUUUGGGUGGUGAAGAUUCCUUUGUUUACAACUCUUCAUAUAUGAGCAGUGGUAGUUCAACUCCUCCCGAACCCUUCUCCACAGAAAUGCAAAAGUAUGUGAAAGAGAAAAUUCUCUCCAAUUCACCAUCCAAGCAUGCCCACGACUCAAAGAAGGAAGAUAUUGCCAAAGACUCGGACAAUACCUUUGUGAAUAGUUUAACUCUUUCAUCAAAAAAGAGGAAGGAUUUAUCUGCCAGUUUUUCCAAUUCAUCCUCCAGUUUUCCAAUCAAAAGCUUUUCAAAGAUUUGA